UCAAGUUUGUUAGAUAUGUAAACCUCAAUUUGAAAAUUUCUGUUUCAGCUUGUCUAUUCAUUACACGUCCUAAAGACCGAAAAAUACCUAGCAGGAUAUGUGGUACGAAAUUAUCCCAGCUUAUGCUAUUAUAACCGCAGCUAUAGCCGCCCCCCACGGUAUAGCAUAUUUACUAAACUAUUUGGUGGCCGGCAACAUGUACAGACGCAGUCUUGAGACCAAACCGCUGUGCAUGCAAUAUUUGAGAGACAUCAGGAUAGGACGUGAUGCCUACAGAGUUAGGGGACUUGAGUCCAUACCUAACGAAGAUGGAACCUUCGAUGAGGGUUACGAGGAAGUAGAUGAGUACGAUUACACCGUUCAUACAGAAGGAAAGGAACAGGAGACCACACAAGAAACUAAAGCAGAAUCAGAACAAAAAGCUGGACAGACUUUGAAGAAGUGUCCGGAAAAGAAGAAAGCUUAAUCAGUUUUUUUAAUUAGAUGACAUGUUAAUUUUAUUGUCCACAAUUAUAUAAUAAAAUAUAAGCCGUCCAAUGGAA